GAUAAUUCUAACCGAAUGCUGUUCAGGUAUCCCCUGUUCAGCACGUCUUGGACCUCUCUGAUUGCGUUGGGCUUCCUGUUUGCCCUGGGCCUUCUUUAUGCUUUGGGUCGGGCGUAUUGGGCUUGGGCCCAAUACCCUAACACAAGUCCCCCACUUCCUAUGUCUCGAACAGUUGUGAGUGCAUAAGGAAGUAGAAGAACUUUGCCCGAACGCUGCUCGGGUAUGUAGCGGACGAGAUUUCGCCAGUUCCCGAGGCAUAAUCUUGAAGGUUUUAUGCGGCUGCCGUUUCAAUUUCCCGAUAACCGUCAUGAUUACUUGUUGGUGUUUCUCCGCGUGACACGUGUCUCUGUAAUCAUUCUUGGCGAUGUGUCCUCUCCUAAUUGGUUGAUGAACCGGCAUGUCAGGUUUAUAAAUAAGGCCUUCGUGCUUUGGUUCUGGGUUUCCAAAAUUUUCAUCCUUCGUGUCGCAGCUCUGUCUUCUCUCUAGAGCUUAGUUCUUGGUAGUGUUCAAGUAACCUUCGCUCCUUGGCUUUUUCUCCCUUCUUGUUCGGUAGAUAUGUCGCGUCAACCAUCCCCCUUCAAUCAUUCUGUUCCUGAGGUGAUCCCUCAUGAGGAGGUCCAAGAUGACGCUGUAGAGAAUGUGGAAAACUCCGGCCAUGUUUCCAGCGACGCCUCCUCCUCCAGUACUUACUCGUCACAAGCUUGAUCUAACCCUAAUCCGGCUACGACAACAGAAGCUCAUAGGCCCAAAUAGGGCCCAAAUCCCAGCUUUGAUUCCUGACCCGAUGGACUUCCGCCUUCAAGCUGGGCUUCACCCAAUGUGUCAUUUCCCCGGGAUGGUGGUAGUCCAUUUGGACUCCGUGAAAGCCGGGCUUAGAUUCCCGUUUCACCCUUUUUUCGUUUCUUUAUUGAAUUUUUAUGGAGUGGUGCCGACCCAAAUUAUGCCGAAUUCCUAUUGGGCAGUGGCUGGUUUUAUAUGCCGCUGCGUGGUUGUCAAGGUGACGCCCACCUUAUAUUUGUUCCACUAUUUUUUCUCGGUGAUUCCCCACCAGGCCCACGGGUAUUUAGUUGUAAGUGCCCGAUCGGGCCAUAUUCUAUUCUCCGACGCCCCCUCCUCAAUUAAGGGAUGGAAAGACCGGUUCUUCUUCAUCUCUGUCUCGAACGGUUUGAUUCCGAGGAAAUGGAAUGCCUUCCCGCCGAAGUCUCCAGAGCUAUUCAUCUCCAAGGAACUCAGCAAAGACGUCCUCGCUGUGGAGACCGGUGGUUGCUACAAAAUCAGGGCCUACCUGACCCCCAAUCAGCUUAUAAAGCUCUUGAUCCAGAUGCAAGCCCGGACCCCGAAGGAGCCAACCACCCUCAAGAAGUCAUGGAUGACAGUAGGCUAUUUUCUGUGGGAGGUGGCGAUGAUGGGGCGCAAGAGAGGCGUGAUAAUGAACAGAGGAAGAAGCGGAAGAGGUCGAAGAAGACCGUUCAGGCAGGAUCUUCUGAGGCCGUUUCGCAAGGUAUGGAACAAUCCCAGCCUGUUCAGGAUGUCCCAUCUCAGUCCGUUCAGGACGUUCAGCCCGUCCAUCUAGUCGCCUCCGAACAACCUAACAUGGCUAACAUGCUCAUGGACAACCUGUUCGGUCCCGAGCAGUUACAGGAGUUCCCCGAGCACUUUAGCUCUGUUCCGGGUUCCAGUGCAAAAGCCCACCAGGCUGACCUGGUGGGGCGGAUCGAGCGGAUUUCUUUGGAAGAUCCCGCUCAUGAAAUUCUAGAGCGCAGUGGAGCGAUGGCGUCCCGGAUUUGGUCCACUGCUGCUUUCUUUAAUGGCCUCCCGCUCCCUCAGCUUCCAGUUGAGCAGUCGGAGGAGUGACUUGCCUUGACUGUCCUCAAGAUGGGGCUGUACAGCCUGCAAGUGCGAGAGGCCCAGCUAGCUAAGGAACGUGAGCUUAUCGUGGCCCAAGAAAAUGCUGAGCAGGCCGUCUCUAAGGCUGUCCAGGCGGCCGAGUUUGAACGCCUCUCUUUUGUUGAGGAGCGGAAGAAGCUCAAGGCCGGGCUGGGGGAGCUUCGUGUUCAGGUGGCUACCCUCCAGGCGAAGAUUGCGGCUGCUGAGGCCGCACAAAUCAAAUUCAACGAGCAUCCUUCACAGAUCCAGGACGGCCCUCCUGAGGUGACUGUGGAUCUUUCCUCCGUUCGGGAAGGUUUCAAGACUUCGGAGGAGUUUGCAGCGCUGAAGGAGCAGUAUGCCCUUGAGCAGCUUCCUGCCGUUUUUGGGCGGCACCUGGGGAAAUUGUGUGGCGAGGCACGCCAGAAGGAGAGGGUCCGGAUGCUCGAUCAGGAUCCCAUAGCCAAAGAGUGGGAUGAAACCCUUGCCCAGGAGGUUUACUCUGCCGGAUGCCAACACAUGUUGCAGCCUAUUCUUCCCCUUCUUGAGAAGCUCUUAGGUCGAGCAGUGCAUCCCUCAGACUUCCUUCACCUGGCUGCCAAUCACCUUAAUGCUCUAAAGGCCCAGCUAGGCAAGUGCAGGCGAGCUUUGGGGAUGGAGUCUAACCAGGUUGCUGAUGAGGAGGCUGAAGGUGAUGAUGAUGGUGAUGAUGACGAUGAUGAGGAUGAAGAUGGCCCCGAACAGUAGAAUAUAUUUGGCCCUUUAUCUGUACUUCCCUUUUUACCUUCAUGCAAAUUUUUGUAAUUUCCGACCAGUAGAGCCGAUGAAUACAAGUGGAAUUUUUUACCUAUCAACUUCAUUUGUAGUUCUUUUCUAACUUUUUUGCCUGUGGACUUAGUCAUUUUCGUGAUUUCUAUGUGCUCGAUCGAUGUAUUCUGGCUCAAAUAAUUGUAGGGUUACCUGUUCAGGACCCCCAUCUUGGUAAUUCACAGUUACUCUUGUAAAGGUUAGGUCUAAUCCCAGCUUUUAGGAUUUAGCCGUUUCCCUGGUUUUUUCACUCCGUUCGGGAGUGUAUCCUCUAGCCAUUGGGUUUUAAGCAAGCUUCAC